AUGCUGGAUAAACGGACGUUUCUGCUAUUUUUUGUCUUGCAUUUCGGCAUUAUGCUGCGUCCCCUUGCAGCGGUCACCAAAAGUUUUGUGAAUUCAUCAAUGCCUGAUAUGAGACCAACUUUUGUUGUGAACUUUGACACUGGGACAGUAAUUUGUCAACAUUCCACAAAGUCAGACGAUUUACAUUUGCAUAAAAUCUCAAUUUUAUGUGAUGGUAAGCCUGACUGCUACAGUAAUCCAGCAAUGCACGAUGAAAGCUUUCCAUACUGUGGUAGUCGAUGUAAUUCAACGUGCAAUGAACGUGGUGCUUGUUUAUUCGAUGGCACUCAAGGGCAGUGUUACUGUAAUGCCGGCUAUUACGGGCCUCACUGCGAACUCGAUGAUAACAACGAAUGUAGUGAUAAGCCUUGUCAUUGGUUAGCACAUUGUCAGAAUACUUACGGUUCAUAUUCUUGCACAUGUUUCCCGGGAUUUCAUGGUGAUGGUCAUCGAUGUACUGAUAUCAAUGAAUGUGAAACAGGAAUAGCACGAUGUCCGCAAUAUUCAACAUGUGUUAAUUUGCCUGGAACAUACUUCUGCAAUUGCACCGAGGGAUUUCAACCUUUGGGUAUACCUGUUGAACGAUGUGCAGAUAUUGAUGAGUGUGCGCAAGAUUUGCAUAAUUGUGGAGCAAAUUUGAAAUGUCAAAAUGAGAUUGGUAGCUUCAAAUGCGUUGAAAAGUGCAACGUUGGCUAUCGGUUAAUUAAUGAUACGUGUGUUGACAUAGAUGAAUGUAUCGAAAAGUCCUCAGACUGUGAUAAAAGGGCUGCUUGCUUGAAUACUAUUGGAAGCUUUGAAUGCAGCUGUGAAAAUGGCUUCACCGGUGAUGGGAAACAUUGCACACGCUCACGUCUCAACUUCAGAUUUCGUACUAAAAGUCAGAAUAAAACUAUAAUUUCAGCGUUGAAUGAUUGCAGCCAACAGGAAGGAAUCUGUGAUCGACAUGCUUUUUGCAUUGGUAGCUUACGAAUAUGCAUUUGUCAAUCGGGAUAUUACGGUGAUGGAUUGAGUUGUUAUGAUGUAAAUGAGUGUACAGGAAACCAGAAUCCUUGUGAGGGUCACUCUGGUAGUUCGCGUUGUGUAAAUAUCGACGGAGGUUAUAUUUGUUGUGAAGAUGACUUAGAUGAUGAACACUGCAUUCGAGAUAAAGGCGCAUUUUGUUCUGGGGGCUGUGGACUGCAUGCCAUAUGUUACAACGAAACAUGCCAGUGUAUACAAGGAUUUCAAGGAGAUCCGAAAAUUAAAUGUUCAGAUGUCAAUGAAUGCGAAAAUGAUAAGCAAUGUCCAGGGGUUGGUGAAUGGUGUGUUAACUUAGUCGUUAAAGGCUUUCGGCAUACUUUCUCAUCUGGUAGUGUUGAGCAAAAAGCAACAAGUGGAGUUGUGGUCAUCGACAAGCAUAUCUCGUCAUCAUCAACAAAACAAGUUGGAAUUGCGUGUCAUUAUGGUUGUCCAUCAGAUUCUUACUGUGACAAUGGCAUUUGUCGGUGCAACGAUGGUUUUGUAGGAAAUACUUUUGAUGGCUGCGCCGAUAUCAACGAAUGUGACCUUGGCUUCUGUAAUUACUCAGACUCAUUAUGCUUGAAUUUGCCCGGAUCAUAUAUGUGUUGUACUAUAAAUUCAACAUUACCAAAUUGUAAUGGCUUAGAAGUCAUCAGUUAUCAGGCAAUGCGUAAUCGAGGACUGAAAAAUUAUACUGCAACUUUCCAAUUAGGAAAUCACAUUCUUCCAUUUGAUGGCAAAAUACUUCAAAAUGGUAAUUCAAGAAAUACCAGUGCUUCAAGAACUACGGUUAUUUCUACUGAUAUUGGAACCUUGAAAAAUUCCGAGCUUUGGAAAAAAACUGAAGGCUUCAGUUUUGGAAAAGAAACAAAUGCUAAUUUUGCCGAUAUCAAGUACCUGUCUAAUACGUCACCUUUGGAUACGUCAAAGAGUGAUAGACAAGGAGGUAACUGGAAAAUUGAAACUGUUGAUGAGUGGCGAAAUUUUUCAGGACAUUCACUAAUUAUUGGACAUGGCCAUAUUGGGAGCCAAAAAUGGGGUGUGAGGAGUGACAAGUACGAAAAAAUAAUAGACAGCGAGGCACGUGGAAACCAAACAAGUCAUGAAAAGAAUCAUUCUGCAUCUGCAGCUGGCUCAGUAACUAGAGGAUCAAAAAAAGAAAUUGAAGAUUCUGAUGAAGGCGUUGAGGGCAGCGGAGAAGAGAUGGGAGCAGUUACUCAAUCAUCUUUCAAAGAGAACAAUAAUUUACAACCGAACACAUCUGUUGAAACAGGCAUGACUUCGGUUGUAAAUAGUACUAAAAUAUUUGCUGAAGUACUUCAAAUAGCAGAACACACUGAGAAACCUGAAUUUGCUAUUGUACACUCUUCAAAAGAACCAUCACAUCAAGUAACAAUUCCUAACAUAACGUUUUUUAAAACUAUAACUUUGACUGAUGCGGUAUUAACGCCAUCCACAUCCCAGGAAUCUGAAUUAGUGUCAGAUCAGUACAGCAGUACUCAAAUAUAUGCUAGCAAAUUUAUUCCUUCCGAAUCCAUCACUCAAGGUAGUCGUAAUGAAUAUAUUUCUGAACGUCAAACAACAACAGAAGCCAGUAUGAUAGAAAAUACAAAUUGGACCGAUUAUUUUACGCAUUUUGAAGGCAUAACAACGUCAGCAAAUGCAUCAGGCACCCAUGAAACUGUUUCAACCACAUAUAAUAUAGAAGCUGAAUUAAGAAAGAACAUAACUAGCGAAGGAAGUCAUAUUACCUCAACCACUGCUGCUGAAACUCAAACGACUUCAUCGUCAAUUUCAAAAACAACAUUACUGCUUUCAAGAGCUGGAAAACAAGAAGACACUGCUCAAACUGUUAGAGCAGCAACUUUUGCAGCUACUGAUGCAUUUAUAACGAGUCCAAUCAAGGAACCUUAUUCUAAUGGAUCCACGCGACAUCCAAAUGAUUACAGUCUUGAAAAAUCUAGCACAGUCUCACAAAGUAAUAGGCAGAUAGGUAUUGAAACCAUGGCGUUUGAAAAUCAUUCAAAAAGCAUUCAAUAUAUUCAAACGUCUGGAAGCACUGAAAGAAUUGCAUCUUUCCCAGGUACUUCAACAUCAGGAUUAGGAGAAACAAAACAAACAGAGGCAAGCUUUAUUGAGCAGUUAGGAAAAACAACGCGAAUGAAAUCUGAAAUAAUUUCUCCAGAGAACCUUUCACAACAAACGACGAAAAUUGAAAUUUUUUCUUCAGAAAUGAAUUUCAGUACAGAUAAAAACAGCCCGAAAUUUGUAAUGGCUAAAGCAUCUACGCCAACUGCUGAAGACUUAACAUCUAGUCAUUACAGGGAAGCAAGCUAUAAACCAGAAAGUAUCACACCAAUGGAUUCCAUUAGAUUUAAAAAUGAAUCAGGACGUAGUGCAGAGCGUGCAAUAUCCGGAAGUGCUGAAGCAGAAAUAAGCAUAACUGGUUCUACUGAUGAAUCAAAGGCCGCGCAAGAAAGCAUGUCAGCGACUAAAUUUUCGACAUCACCAACACUUAUGACUAGUAAUAUCGAAGUAGAGAGCUUAGGGGAAAAAAGGAAUGAACUUGCUGGCAACACUAAGGAUGGUUUCACUAUGACAGUAUCGCACAAGCUCAGUAUUUCGGAAUUUACUACAAAGUCAACACCUGUUGCGUCGACCACAGAAUAUGCAGCAGAUAUUACAGAACAUCGUAGUGUUCAGACAAGUGUUCCGCUCGAUGCCAGCACAGUAGUUGAUGUAUCAUUAUCCUUUGCACCUCCGAAAGAACACAAAAAAGAAUUUAUAGAAGUCGUUUCCACGAGUGAACCACACAUAAAUAGCAUAAAUGACAGUCUAAGAGAAAGUAAAUCAAAUAUUAUAAAUAUGAAAGGAGCAACAGGGCAAAAAGUUUCCAGUUCGGAUUCUGACUUAACUUCAAAAAGUACAGUAUUUGUUAAAGCAGCAGAAAUUCAAGCAAAAAAUGAGUUCAACUCAACUUCAUACACUGAAGCAGAAACAGAAGGUUCAGAAUAUGGCAUGUCUAUAAAUUAUACAAAAGCAUUAACUUCAAAAGUUAAUGAAGAAAUAGACACAGAAGUCUCGUUUACGAAAUUUGGAUCUAAAAACUUGGAAGGGUUGGUAAUUUUGCCCGCAUCAAGUUCGAAAAUUUUGAUAAAAUUAUCAACAAAUGAUACAAGCACUGUUAGGAGUACGGAAUCUUCUAAAAAUACGGACAGCACUAUCAGCAAAGUUCUUCCAACAGAAUCCACAAAUGAAUCAGCAUUUACUUCCAGUGCAAAUGCAACUAAAAUAAGUUGGUCGUCAAGCACCGCUGAAACAAAUGCAAUAAAAUCUACUUCACUUUUAAAAUCUGAAUCUAUCAAAAAUAAAAAAUCAGAAAUCACCUCAUCCAACUACUUAUCAAGCAAUCAAAUUCCCCUGACACUAGCACCAGACAAAAAAGAAUAUGAACUAGGUCUUGAAAUAAUAUACGAAGGCAGAAGUGCAAUAAAAAAUACUCCAAAAUCAUUAGUCGAUACAAAAAUGAUAGAAUCCAGUACUGAGAUAAGUAUUGGUAAAGAAUCUAGUAAUAUCCAAAAUCCUACGACAGUUUCCGAGAAACCUAUUCAGACCAUAAGUAGUUCUGAAAAUCAUUUCAUUUCAAAGUAUUUUACAAAUGGCAUAAAGGAACAAACGAGCACUGUUGAAUUUACAGUUACUGAAAAAGGCAACACUACUGAAAGUUCGACAAGCUACGCUUCAUCAAUUUCGAAGAAUACAGAAUUUGGAAUAAAUCCGACAUUGACUGCUGAACAAACCGAAUCAAGCACUCAGAAAUUCUACGAUAAUAAUAAAUCGAAUGUUACUGCGAUUGUCGAAAAGCCAUCAUAUGGAAUGGCAGAAAAAUUUACCCAAUCUUCAAUGGAACCAAUGCAGUUUUCAGAAUCUACAGUACACCCAAGCUUUCCUAAACUUGUAACAGAAGUUGCGCUGACAAAAUAUGAUAUGCUACUGGUGCCAACUAAUAGUACCGAUCUUACAAAAUUUAUAGAAGAAUCAACAAAAGGUUUUGAUGAAAGAAGAUCUGUCUCGUCGAGUACAGAAGCAUCUACUGAAAUUAAAACUUACACACGAACUUUGGGAUAUAAAUUUCCUACAGUACAUCCAAUUUCUUCUAGCACAAUGACUCCGAAUCUCGAAACCUCGGUUAUCUCGAAAGUAAAAACCUCUUCAAGUUCUCCAGUCAUUACUGAAGAUGUAAAAAUAACUUCGGAACCACAAAAAUAUUUGAAAGGGACUUUUGAAACUACUACGAAUACAUUUGCUUCUUAUACUCCUGAAACAUUAUUGAAGGCUUCGACGACUGAAACAGCAUUGAUGAAUCGAAGUAUUGCUUCUCAAACUUUUGAAAGUUCUCAAGACUGGUUGCUAAAAUCAUCACAAAGCAGUUUGGAAACAACAUCCGUUCCUUCUGGAACUAACACACAGUCGAAUACAAUUAAGUGGACAAUGAUUAUUGAGAAAGAACAUACUUUGGAAUCUAGCACAAACGCUAGUUUUGUCUCAGAAACUGGAACUCAGUUAUCUUCACUAAGUACCGAUUUCAGAAAAGUUUCAACUGAGGCGAUGAAAUCAACUGGAUCAACUGCAAAUCUAGAAGAGCCACAAACUAAAAAAACAUCUGAAUCACCUACCGAUUCAAACAGGACUUCAACAGAAGUAGCUGCACCAUCCACAUUAUCCAGUAGCUUAGAUAAGGCUUCAACGAGAAUAGUGGAAGCAACUACGUAUUCUACAGAAUCAACACUAUCAUCAAAAUCAACUGCUGGUUCACUGAUAGAAAUGACUAAAUCAAAUGAAUUAUUUACUAGUUCCAAAAAAUUUUCUACAGAAGUAACAAAAUUAUCUGGAUUAUAUGUUAGCUCGACAGAAAUUUCUCAAGAAAAAAGUGAAUUAUCUAUUGGUUCAAAAAAAGCUUCCAAAGAAAUAUCAUCAGGAUCCAUCAUUACUUCAACUAGAGAGAUAUCACAACCAUUUGUAUCGACUAUAAGUUCAGAAAAGGCUUCGAAAGAAGUAACAAAACUAUUUAAAUCAACAUCGGAAAAAACGAAGGCAGAUGUAGCAGGAUCGAAAUUAACUACAACAAAUGUAAACGGAUCAUAUCUAUUAUCAUCAGCCUUAGAAAAAGAUAAGAUAAAGACAAAUGUAUCAAAAUCAACGAGACCUAAUGUUGAUUCAGAAGCAGAAAUAUCAAGAUUAUCUAUACCAAUUGUUAAAGAAGAAGAACUUUCAACAAAAGUGUUUGAACGGAAAAAGAUACAAACAUCAUCUGAAUUGACUACAGAUUCUGAAGAGGCUUCAACAAAAGUAGAACAACUAACGACUGAAUCUAGCACCAUGUUUGACAAUAUGCAACUAGUCACAAACAAUGAACAAGAAUCUCAAAAGGUAUUAGAGAAAAGCAAGGUUGACAAUUCCAUGAAAACAACGCAACAGGACACUGUAAGUUCACGUAAUGAAACACUUCCUCAAACUGGAAGUUCCAUAUCCACAUUAGUUACAAAAAAAACAAAAAUUAUGAAAGUAUCAAUAAGUCAAGAAAACAACACUCGAUUAAUGUCUUUGAAAUGCCGUAGUAAGGAUGAUUGCGGUGCCGAUGCAUAUUGUGAACGACGAUCAGGGGUAUGUCGUUGCCAUCCAGGAUUUCAUGGUGAACCACCGAUAAUUCCAUGCAUUGAUAUCGAUGAAUGUGAGCGACAUCUAGAUGACUGUCAUUCGUCGUCACGAUGCUCUAACAAAAUUGGUGGUUUCAUGUGCUUCUGUGAGACAGGUUAUCGAAUGUCGAAAGGGCAUGUUUGCGUGGACAUUAACGAAUGCCAUGAACGCUUAGGACUACCGUGUGGUCAUCACGCAAGCUGUAUUAAUUUACAAGGUUCUUACCAGUGUCACUGUGACACUGGAUAUACAGGUGAUGGGUACACGUGUAUUCCGAGCGAGAAGCGUCACUGUACAAGUGAAGAGGCGAUGAAAUCCGAGUGCGGUCAAGGUCAGCUAUGUUUGGUAAAUAUGAAGGGUCUUGUCGAUUGCGAAAUUUGCAAGAAAGGUUUUCUCAAAGUUGGCAAAGGUUGUCAAGACAUUAAUGAAUGUAUUCAAGCUGAUAUUUGUCACGAAAAUGCAUUCUGCAAAAAUCUAAUUGGGUCGUAUUCAUGCCACUGUCAGUUAGGAUACAAAGGAGAUGGCUUCAUUUGCAGCGAUAUUGAUGAAUGCUUAAAUAAUCCUUGUCAUCCUCAAGCAACGUGUAUAAAUUAUCCUGGCUCAUACACUUGUAAAUGUCCUGAUGGAUGGGCCGGUGAUGGGUAUCAUGAAUGUAUCAAUCCAUCAGAUACUGCUUGUCUGGAUAAAUCAUCAGUUUGUAAUCAUAUGAAUCAUACGUCAUGUUUAUCUCUGAAUUUUGGAAUUGUAACAACGUCAAUAUGUGAAUGUUCCGCAAAUUAUCGAUUUAAUAGCAUUAAACAUACUUGUGAAGAUAUCGAUGAAUGUGCUGAGAAUCGCCACAAUUGCGAUCCAUCGAAUUCGAUUUGUAUAAAUACUGAUGGUGGCUACUUAUGUGAGUGCAUCCCUGGUUACGAAGGUACAGGUGGUGUUUGUGUAGAUGUAAACGAAUGUGAACGAGGCAUCGCUGGUUGUAGUAUAUCAGCUCGAUGCCAGAAUUACUUGGGAAGUGUCGGUUGCAAAUGCCCUCCAGGGUUUAUUGGUGACGGCAUCAAAUGUAGCCCCAUUCACUCGUUAAAAAAAGUUACUGCUAGCUGCAGUGAUCAGUGGAAGAUUAUCUGCCAAAGUGUAAACAAAACUUGUCACAUCGAUGAUGAAGACGUACCUCAGUGUGGCUCAUGCUUAGCUGCAAUACAAGGUUUGGGUAAUUGUGUUGAUCCACUGUGGAAUGAUUGUGACAUGAAUGCUGAAUGUAUUGACGUACAUCCUGGGCGUCACUUUUGUAAGUGUAAAGUGGGUUACAUUGGUGAUGGACGACGCUGUGAUGGCCCAAAUUGUCAUUUGGAUGUUUCAAUGUGUCACAGUAAUGCUCAAUGCCAACUUGAUGGAACAUGCAAAUGUAAUGAAGGAUAUGAAGGAGAUGGCCUUGACAGAACAGACGAUAAAUAUGACGAAAAAGGAACAACAGUAUUUGGUGGCACAAAUAUCGUGACAUCUCGGUAUCAAUCUAAUACUGAAAGCGGUAGGAUAUAUUACCCUGGAGAUGUUUCAAAAGGAGUAUUUGGCGAAGAUCUAACUACUUCUGUUUCUAUGUCUGCCACAAAAACUCAUGCAAUCACUGAUCACGAAGGCAUUUUUGAGGGAUCAGGAGAAAGUGAUGAUAGUAGUGAAGAAUCACAACACACUACAGCAUUCUCUAACCGGAUAUCGUACGUUACGGAAAUAACAACUUCUGAAACUACUACAUUACGUGAAAGUGCAGAAAGAAGUAAAGGUAUCUAUAGCUCUAGUACUUGGAUACAUUCAGACACCAUCUCUACUCCAACAUAUUAUGGUGAAUCAGAAGGAGUUGAACAAAACGUUAGCAGUAAAAAAUCGUUUGAAGAUACUUUGUUAGUUGUUGAACAGUCAUGUACCGCAAUGAAUCAAUCCAUUUGUCAUGAACUUGCAAUUUGCAAUGAAUCAAGUGGUGAAUGUAUAUGUAAAUCAGGCUAUCAUGGUGAUGGAUACGCUAUUUGCAUAAAAGAUAUAGAAGAUUGUACGUUAGAUUCAACAGUUUGCGAUUUAAGGGCAGUGUGUGACGUAUCUUCCCAUACUUGUCGGUGCAAAUUAGGAUAUGUCGGUAGCGGCAUCGUUUGUGCUCCAGAUACAUUCGACUGUGUACUAAGACCCAAUUUAUGUAGCAAUUUCGCUAACUGUAUUAACCGAAGAUGUGUAUGCAAUCCUGGUUAUACAGGUGAUGGUACUGAAUGCGUUACUAUUGAACCAUCAACUGUAGACUGUAAACAGUGCAAUUCCAAUGCAAAAUGUUUUAAUGGCACUUGCAUUUGUGAUAAGGGUUAUUUGGGUAAUGGGGCGAUUUGUAUUGCUGAUCCUGAAGAUUGCGUACAUUAUCCAGGCCUCUGCCACUAUCAUGCAAUUUGCAACAAAGAUAGAAGACGCUGCCUGUGUUCGCGAGGCUAUAUUGGAAAUGGAACAGAAUGCAAGAGAAAGACAAAUCUUUCAUGUUUGAAUGAUCCAAAAAUUUGUGAUCAGAACGCAAAGUGUCUAAUAACGGGUUUAUGUCAGUGCAAUGAUGGAUUCCAAGGUGAUGGAUAUUACUGUCGUUCAGAAGGAUCACUGGCAGAUAUCAGUAAAGAACGUAAUGACUACCUACAGUGUUCUGCAGCAUGCGCUAUAAAUGAAGAAUGUGUCAAAGGGAAAUGUCGUUGUUCCGUUGGUUACAAAAGGGGUCCAAAUGCGAUUUGCAUGGUAACUAUAGAUAUUGAUGAGUGUGCUAUGGGCAACCACAAUUGUCAUGCAUUGGCAGCUUGUACUAAUACUCUCGGUUCCUAUGCGUGUACUUGUCCAGAAGGUUAUCAAGGUGACGGACACGUGUGUGCUCAGCGUCAUCACCUUCAUAAUAUGUCAGUCGAAUGUGAAUUAGACGGGAUGACCAUGGUGUUAAAAAGUAAUCCUGACCUAUAUGGAGGGCGAAUAUUUAUCAGAGGUCAAACAGACAAUCCAUUUUGCUCUAAAAAAUUAGAUAUUUUUGCAAAUAACGAGACCGAAUAUCAUUUCAAAAUCCAAUAUGAUCAAUGCAACGUGAAAUUGGAAAAACCAGACACCGUUGCGGUAACAGUAAUAAUUCAACGGCACCCAAUGUUCAUCACACAACGGGCAGAUGCUUACGAUGUUAGAUGCACGUAUCCAAUUGGCAUGCGCAAGGUAGUAAGUCAUGUGGGUAUUUCCGAGAUAACCACAACAAAAACAAUCAUCGAAACGGGAAAUGGACCUACAUGCUUAUUAAUUGUUACAAAUGAAGAAAAUGAACCAGUGGAUACAGCAACCGUCGGACAACCCUUGAAACUUUCCUUGGCUGUUGAACCCAAUGACACUUACGCAGUUCUGCCAAGGAACUGUUUUGCAAUCAACUUAGAAAGCAGCGAAUUAUAUUCAUUGACGGAUCAAGCGGGGUGCGCUAUCGAUACAGAACUUUUUCCCGAAUGGACUCAUCAAUUUUCUUGGCUUGCAAUCGCCACAUUUAGGACAUUCAAAUGGCCAGAUAGUUCAAUGAUUCGUUUUCAGUGUGAUUGCUCCGCCUGUAUUGAAACUUGUCCAAAGAUCAACUGUGAAAAACGACGAGAAGCAAUGAAAUUCCACCGCAUUAAGCGCGAAAAAUCACGAGAAAUUGCGCAAGAAAACGUUGAUGAAGAUUUGGAGAAGCACAUUGUAAAUGGUAGUAAGUGGAUGACAUAUUCUACAGCAUUACACGUUAAUGAAGAAGAAGAACUUGUACGUGCUCAGCGUGAUAUGAAACGUUGGAAAUAUCAAGGCAUAAAAGCAAUGGAUGAACCAGUAAAUUUGUUCAGCGGUAAUCAAAUUUGUAUUCAAACAAUUUGGAUAGCACUGUCUCUUCUGCCAUUAGUACUCUUGUUCAUUAUUAUUGGACUACUUAUGAUAAAUUGGAGUAAGCAGAAGAAGCCCUUUGUCAGUUACUGGAGGAAGACAUCAUACUCGAGAACCAUUGUUGACCACAAACCUUCAUAUCUCCAAUUCUAA